AGAAAACGUGGGUUUCCGGUUGUCUCUCGUGUAACCGCUUCACAGUCAGACUCACUGAAAGUUGAAAGGCAAGUCCGGUGACGCACGUCUUUUUUCAGCUCCUGCUCUUUGUCCGGUCACUGUAACUUCACACAGGAGUAAUCUCACUACUCUAAUGACGUUAAUGACCAUCCCUGAUAUAAAGGAGCGCGUGCAGGACUCACUGGACAAAGAGGACGCACGAGAGACCAGAGGAGAAGCGGCUGCUGCGCACGGACAGUUUUGGAUACGGUGGCUUUUACGCACACUCUCUCUCUCUCAUUAUGGACUACUGCUGAGCUCUGACGACGGACACAGUGCGCGUGAAUACAGCUGCAGCUCGAGCAUCACAUCUGAUCUCCUUUCGUUUUUUGUUUCAAGACGUUUAUUUAAGAAGCAAAGUGACUUUAAAAUCAAGCUUUAGCGCCAUGAAAUUGAUGUUGGUCCCUGUUUUGAUGGCUUUCAUCGCUGUCGUUCAAGUUGUCAGCGAGGAGCCAAAAGACGAAGCUGACUACUGGACGAGCAGUAACCAGGUUCAGGUAAUAUAUUCCUCUGCAAAUGAAAAUAUCUAUUUUUGUCCCCUGUUGAUGAGCAUGAAAGUUGAUAAAUCUACCUUUGUGUCAUUAAAGUUUGUUUUUUCCUCAUUAUGAAGCGCACAAACAAACAUAUUAAUUGAUUUCAGCCUCAAAUUCUGUUGUAGGAUAGUUGCACCUCGUCUCAGCCUACUGUGAAAUAAGCUGCUGCGCUUUUCUGCAGAAAAAGAGCAGAAUAACAUCGAGUUUAUCCUUAAAAAUGUUCAAAGUGUGCGUUGACUGAUGUUUGAUCAAUAACUUUGGAUCUCUGGGCAACAAAAAACGAUCAUAUCAGGAAUUUACUUUUUUGUAAAUUGAUGUUAUUUUGUGCUCAUUUUUUUGCGUGAUGAUUUUGAUUUCGCUGUGUUUUGCUGUAGACACAGAGCUAUCUUCCGUCUGUAAGAAAAAACACAACAUUAGGUCUGCAGUGAGUUUCAUAAUAACAGAAAACUUUGUCCUAAAAUCGUCUUUUUGGCCAUUGCAUUCGUGCAUAUAGGUUUGUGGUAAGCCUCUGAUACUCCGGCACAAUGUCAAUGAAAAUCAAUCAGAGAAAAACUUCCGCAAACCACUAAGGCAAACACUUGCGGAUAUUUUUAAUCCACAAAGAGUUCAAAGCCUGCUGAUGGAUUCAAGGUCACAAAAACUAGAUACGAACGAAAUAAAAAUGUGAAAUAAUUUCAGCUCACUUUCCAAUUUGAUUGUCUCAUGGGAUUCUCAGUCAUACGGAGAGUAUGAAGUAUGAAGCUGAAACAUCAGCUUAUGAGUUCAACUUUUUGUUAAAGCAGCAAAAGAGACAAUCAGAGGGAGGAGGACUUUAUUUUACGUAAUUUGGGAAUAUGAUAAAAACGUCAGGCAGAAAAUUUAGUUGUAAAGACUGGAAACUUGAGAGGGAAGUUCUUUUAAAUACUAAAAAAAAGUCUAAAUUAGGACUUUGAACAGGAUCAGUACUUUAUUCUUUAUUUCAACCCUUGGCUUAUCAGGUCUUUUUCUGAGGGCUCAGACUCUUUCCAGCUGCCGGAACCCUUUUCUGUCCUCUCCAUGUUACCAUUUUUCUUGGUGACUCACAAAUGCAUCUAAAAUACAUUACCCAUGGUGCACUGUGAAACAAUCCCUUUCUUUCUCAGGUGUUACAUGAUGCUUGCUUGUCUGUUUUUGCAGAGUAGACUAGGCUUCUCCUUGUAUCUUAAUGAAAAACUUUACUUUAAUGGUUUUCUGAUUCUGCUUUUACCAUGUGCUUGCCAACAGCUGAUCAAACAGAGUAGCGGCUUCAUUUUUUUCCCAUAAACCACUGAAUACAAUGAGAAAUGUCCAAAUUAAAGUUCAAGUUUUAGAAUAAAGGCACAUGUUGAGAGUAAAGUCACAGUGUUUCAAGCUAAAGUAGGUUGUAAUGUCAGGGGGUCAGAGUCAGAUUAUCAGAUUAAAAUCACAUUUUUAAAUGAUUCUCUAGGAGAAUAACGAAGCAAAUAUAAUGUUGUUGUCCUCUAGGGGAGCUAGAGUCACACUUUAGCCCCUGGAGCUUUAAUAAAAACCUUCAAAGACACAUCAUGCUGAUUAACUCAUUUGAAUUUUCUCCAAAUGCACAAGACUCAAGCGUAAGGUUUAACUAAAUUCCUCACAUUUUCCUCAAGUCUUUGGUCUUCUGCGUGAAAACACAAAUGAAUUAGUAGAUUACCAGAAAAGUCUUGUUUGUAUCAUAACAGCAGGAACAGUCUCAACCCUCUUAAAGACGUUUAGACAUCCAGACUUUAGAGGAUGGAGACGGUUGCAGCUCUUGGCAGCUAGAAAAUGAAAUUAACCCUUAAGUGCUCUGUGAAGUCGGAACUGAAGCUGAAACAGUCUCCAUCAGCAUGAAUCUCACGUCCUGAGUUUGACAUUGCAAUAUGGAGAGGAGCCAGCAGGCUGAAGCUGCUGAUGAACGAGGCGGCGAUAAAUCAUCAAAGCUUGGCGUGCAGACAUUAGCGGCCCCUCAGGAACACUUCGCAGUCGGGCUAAUGCACGGCAAGGAAAUAUGCCUUCAGAUGGAAAUAGAGAGGCUCUAAUGAAAGACCACGGUUCAGGAUUUAUAUUAAUUAUUACCACAAGCGUGUGUGCAGAAGGGGAAGUCCAGAUCACGCACAUAUCUUAAAUUAACUCACUAAUAUGAUGGGCAAAGGAACUUUUUAAAAACCGGAUGUAAAACAUGCUCCACAACGUGAACGCCUCUCCACAAUAUCAGAAAAAAACCUAGCACAUCAGCAAAAAAGAGACACCCAAAGUUUUUAUACUUAUAACCACUGUUACGGGGCACAUGUCAGAUCAGUCGGAAAAAAAACACUUUUAAAACUUUUUCUGCAGCAAACAUUUACAAAAAGUGACACAUAAGUCUUUUCUGAGAAAUCAGGAGCCAGAAAACAUGUUAGACACAUGCACAUGUCAAAAUAAGCAGAGUUAUUACAAGUAUAACUUGUACCACAGGGGGCACCAAAGUCAAAACAAAUAGAAAACUAAGUUUAAAGUAUCGUCCACAAACAUGCACACACUUGAAAACUUGUUUCACUCUGUGGGUUGACAUUACAUUCCCAUAUAAGCAGAUUUUUCUUUCACUUCAAAGUUUUGGAAAAUGACGAAAUCUAACAAAAACGCCUGGUUUGUUGUAUACACAAUUUACAGAUUUUCACCACUAGGGGGUGUUUUAUGUGGUCUGUUCAGUCUGAUGUAUGCCUUCCUUAAUUUUCCUUUGAGGAGAAAGGAGAGCAGAAUCUUAUGGCUUAAAAACUUCUUGUCAUAUGUGGAUGCAUGGUCAUCUAAAAUUAACAUUUCAGAAAGUCCUGACAUUGUUGCCUCCUAUAAAACACUUUUAAAAGAUGACAUUCAAAGAUUUACUGUAAAUUGUUAUUUAUUAUUAUAAGGCUGUAUUAUAACCUGAGGUGGGAAACAUGAUUUUGUUGUGCUUUGUGCCAUAGGAAUUAGGUUGAAGUGUCAAAAACAAGAAACAAAUUUCAAGAUUUGAAAUCAUAAAAUGCUAACAGCAUAGCAGGGAGUCUCAAAGUAUCUUAAAAAGACACAACAAGACAUUAAAAAAAGUCCAAUGUCAAGCAAAAGGUCAAAUAAUGGUUAAAAACAAGACCUACCAAAAGGAGAAAUCUCUUGACACGGGGAAUCAAGUAAACACAAUAAUCUCAUUUUACAUAUUUUCAUUCACAGCUUUAUUUAAUCUUUUUUUAGUGUCGUAUCUUCACGUUAUGAAGGAUCACAAACCUUAAACCCAGUGGCUGUACAAUGACAAAGCUUAUUAAAUGGAUUUUUUUACAUUUAUCAUGUCCCCUCCUCUGUAGGAUGGCUGGCUCCCCAGAGACCCACUCAGAGACAUCCUCCUGAGGAUGACGAGAAAGCCGCGGCCGCAUCAGUUCAUCGGUCUGAUGGGGAAACGCUCUAUGGGUGAGAGAUCCGACUUGGGGACACAAACAGAUUUAUUUCUGUUCUUCAUCUGUGGACCUCUUUAAUGUUAAAUUUCUCUUUAACAGGAAACGCACAGAUCACCCACAAAAGUGAGUAUCAGCACCAACUUUACCUCAAACCUUCUGGGUACAUCACCUGCUCUCAAUAAUCUGCUGACUGUCAGCAUGUUCGGUCAUUUCUUAGAUCCUUAAAAGUAGUCCAAACUCUUUUAUUUGGGGUUGUGAAAAAGGGACACAAAAGAAAAAAAUUAGUAUACAGUUUGCCUGAUGUGACUGUUGACUUUUUAUCCACUUGAAACCUCAAAAACACCCAAAUUUCCACGUAAAAUGCAGAAAACAUGACGUCAGAGCUCUUCUGUGUCAUCAGCUCAAAAUAAACCUCCUAAAUUACCUGAGAGGGAUUAAUCUGCACUGAUACUGACACUUUGCUUUACGGCAUAGUGCUUAAACUCUAAGGUCAAAUGUGAAGGAUCAGUCCCCAUCAGAUGUGAGCUGUUUGAUAAUCAGGAUUUUGAAACCUGUCUUGACAUUAAAGGUGUAGAAAAACAACAGGAGCAUGCCGCCUGCAGGUGUGCUGCAGGCUGUUUGAUAAAGCCCUGAAAGAUGAGCAUGGGUGAGUCAUUUGGGCCUAAAAAAGAGAAUUAAAUGAACGUAUAGAAAACAGCAAAUCCUCUGUAAUGUUUAUUUGUGUUAAUUCAAAAAAACACAAGGUUUAAUUAAGUGCAGGCUCUGCAGAUUAUUCCAAACAUCAGUUUUUGCCAUUCUUUUGAAGGCGUUAAUAUGUGGGUGAGGACUGAAGGAGGUCUGCAGACAUCCGUGGAAGAUAAAGAAAGACAGAAGAAAGGAGGAAAGAAAGGAGGAGGAGGGGGUUUACCUUUCAUUUCUCUCCUCUUAGUGAUGCAACAGCAGCAGAAUAAGUGAACUCACGUCUCAUUUAUUCCUCAUGUGCAGGCCGGAGCAUCAGUCACUCAUCAUUAGGGGGGCUGGGAUUAAUGCCCGAAGGACAUGUGUGAGGGUUAAAUUGGAUUGUUUAUGCCUGUGAUGGAUAGAUGGGGCAAUGAUUUUAACUCUUAUGUAAUUUACUCACUUUAAAAAAAAAAAGCAGAAAAGAGAGAGACGGUGUUGGGCUACUUCUCCACAGGGAGUGAGACAGAGGGACGGGAGAUAUUUACAGUAAAGUCUCAUCAGCCUAAUGAAAAUAUUGACGUCUGUAAUGUCACAUAUUCCCUCAGGGCUCAAUAAGUUUUAUAACUCACCCCCUCCCUGCCUCCUCUUCCUCCUCCUGAUCAUAUUACGGUCAAUUAAUGUGAUUGACAGGAGCUCCAAUCAGCCUGUGAUGCAGCUGUCCAUCACAUCAACACAAACUGAAAACCUGAGAGGGCCGAGGCUGCUCCCCAGAAACAAAUAUCAACAUUCAUAUGAUGCCUUGUACCUCCCUUUUUGGAUGCUCACAUCUUUGCAUUUAGAGCCUGUGCAGCAGAGAUGGUCUGGUUUUGCAGCAGUGUUGGCGCUCAUCCCUUACUUUGACCAAAGCAGAUCAGGUUCUUCUACCAGAGACUUAUAAAUGACAGAAAAAUUCAUGUGACAUAUAUAUAUUGUUGAGUUUGAUGUGUAAGGUACACUUUAAACACUUUGAAAAUUGAAAAGGUAUGCUGCAUCUCACAGGUUGUAGAACAUUGCCCAGCAGAUGGCGCACAAACAAGCAAAUGAGCGUUUCGCUCAUGCAACUGGUGGGUGUAGUUUUUAAAUGUUUAUUCCUGCGGUCUCACACCGACAGAUUUAAAACAUGCAGCGUGCUCAAACUCCAGAACAGAUACUUGAAAGUUGCAACAGGAUGCUGGCAAAACUUUCUGUGCACGCAAACUGGCACAAUAUGCCGUGCAUGUUUGUUUGAGUUAACAGUUGGCAGGGUUUUAGGGUUGCAAGACAGAGCUGUGUCUGGAUGAAUAUUUCUAUGAUCCUUUCACUGUUUGAUAAGCUGCAUGGAAACCAAAGAUCCUCUCUUUGCAGGGCAUAAAGUCAACUCUUUUGUUGGACUGAUGGGGAAAAGGAGUCAAGAGGAGCCAGGUAAGUUUAACUUAAAUCUGAAAAAUGUUCAAAUAAAAAAAAAGUGAGCUGAAGCUAAAAGUUUUUAUUUUCUCCUCAGAGUCCUACGAGUGGAGCACAAUACAGACGUACGACAGACGCCGUUAAAACCUCGCCUCCUCUCUGCCUGCUUCUCUUCUGGCCGCUCCUUGCCUGCAGGAGUGACUGACGCUGGUUUUUGUUUUUUCUGAAACUGUGUGUAGCUGUUAGUCGAAUAAACGGAUUCUGUUUCCACAUUGUAGUGAUGUAGCAGUGCUGUGCCUGUGCCACUUUUCAUUCAUCGAUGCAGGAGGAGGAGGAUGGAGGUGGAGGAGAGGGCGAAGGUUUUCUUAUCAAUGUUAGAUUUUGAAUCAUCUGCUUCAGAGAGUCAGUGUUGUUGUGGACCAUCAAAGCAAAGCCAUACCCCGGGGUAUGCUGAAGACUGCACUGCCAACGUCACUGUAGAGUGCCUCAUUUCUGUUUAACUGCUACUGAUUGUUCUCUUAAAUCCACACGCUGGGUCAGGAUCUGCUUCUGGGUUUCACUUCCAGCCAUCAUGAUCUCCACCUGGUGAGAUGUGACAGGAUACCUGUGUGUUUAACAAAUAUUAAAAUUAUUUUCUUUACUGGUUCAAA